AUAUGGGGUUUUGCCUGCACAUAUGUCAGUGCACCAUAUGUUCUUAUUUUUAAACUUUGUCUCCUGGUUCUAUGUCCCUUACAGAUGCUGCAGUACCCUUUUCCAGUGAGACUCAAAGCCAGCAGGAUAGAUACACUUUCUCCCAAGACAUCGCUUCCGCAGAACCUUUUCCCUUUGUCUCCAAGGACUUGGCUGUCCACGUCAUUUCAAGUGUGUACGAGGAAGAUACAGUGCUAUCACACGUCACCGUGCAACUUUAAAAAGAAGCAGAAGGAGACAGCCCUUCCCUCCCGGAAACCAAACGCCAUCACUUACCUACCUGACAGCCCAAAGCCAGCCUUAUAUGUCACUCUGGGGGCGUUGAUGCCCUUUGUUGCUCCACCACUCAUCAUGGUAACUACAAAGUCUUAUAUCCCUAUACUAGCUUAUGCUCAGAUGGCGUACGGAGCCAGUUUCCUAGCUUUCCUGGGAGGGGUCAGAUGGGGCUUUGCUCUGCCAGAAAGUAGUCCAGCCAAACCAGACUACAUGAAUUUAGCUACUAGUAUGAGUCCUGUUCUGUUUUCAUGGAUAGCCAUCUUAUUUUCUGAAAGACUCAACGAAGCCAUAGUCACAGUGAUACUAGGCUUAGGGAUAGCUUUACACAAUGAACUCUUCCUCUUGCCACAAUACCCUAACUGGCUCAGAGCCUUAAGGAUCAUAAGUACUUUAGUAGCUUUUGCCUCAUUUGUAGUCACUUUAAUAUUGACAAAUAUUUAUCCAGAAAAGGGGCCCAAGAGACUUAGUCAAGUAGAAAUAUAAAACUACUUGGUAUUAUUUACAUAUUGGCUAUAAAUCUUGUAAACUUGCUUUUGUUUUAAAGAUAAAAAGAUUUUUGUUAUGUUGUGGGAAAGACGUGCACAGAGUGCAGUGUCUGUGGAGGGGAGAAGAGGGU